CCCAAGGCCUCCUUCUGGGCUGAGCCAUGCUGUGUGAUCCCUCGGGGGAAGCCCGUGGCCCUCUGGUGUGAGGGGAGCCCAGAGGCCCAGGACUACUACCUGGAUAAAGAGGGGAGGCCAGUGAACUGGGACAGACGCCCCUCAGCUGCGCCCAUGAGCAGGGCCAAGUUCUCCAUCCCAUCUGUGACAGAGCACUAUGGAGGGCGAUAUCGCUGUUACUACCGCAGCCCUGCUGGCUGGUCACAGCCCAGUGAGCCCCUGGAGCUGGUGGUGACAGGAGUCUACAGCAAGCCCAGCCUCUCAGCCCUGCCCAGCCCUGUGGUCCCCUCAGGAGGGAACAUCACCCUCCAGUGUGAGUCACAGAGAGGAUUUGACAGGUUCAUUCUGACUCAGGAAGGAGGAGACAAGCGCUCCUGGACACUGGACUCACAGUACAACAGGGGGAAUUUCCAGGCUCUGUUCACUGUGGGCCCCGUGAUUCCCAACCACAGCUGGACACUGAAAUGCUACAGCUAUGACAAGAACAACACGCAGGUGUGGUCAGAGCCCAGCGAUGCCCUGCAGCUCCUAAUCUCAGGGCAGUCCAGGAAGCCCUCCCUCCUGACCCAGCAGAGCCCUAUGUUGGCCCCUAGACACAACCUGACCCUCCAGUGUCGCUCUGACCUCAGCUAUGACACAUUCGCUCUGUCCAAGGAGGGGGCAGGUGACCUUCCCCAGCACCCAUCCAAGCAGCCUCAGGCUGGGCUCUUUCAAGCUGACUUCCUCCUGGGCCCUGGGAACCGCUUCCGUGGGGGCCGCUACAGAUGCUACGGUAGACGCAAUCACUCUUCAGAGUGGUCAGCACCCAGUGACCCCCUGGACAUCCUGAUCCGAA